AAAGAUACCAUUUUCCGAAGAAGCAACAAAAAUUUGCUUCAUCUCUGUUUGUUUAAUAGCAAACGUUUUAAUUAGUGAUUUAAUUCAGUGUUUUAAUAUUAUUAAGGAUUUUUUUAAAACUGUGUUCAACUGAUACAACCUGCAAGUGAUAAUCUGAUCAAAAAUGAAUUCAGCUUCAGUGAAACAAGUUACUGUUACCCAUCCUGGAGGGAGUAAAGCUAAACCAACUGCAGGUAAAAAGAAGCACUCUUUGCAAGCUGACCAUUUAGAUGCUGAGAAAAGAUUACAGCAAUGCAAAGAGGAAGGCUCAAAGCGACUCGAUCUCACAAAAUGCAGUAUCACAACUCUACCUGGGUCCAUCAAGGAAUUAACUCACCUUACUGAGCUUUACCUUUACCAGAACAAAUUGACAAAUUUACCCCACGAGAUUGGUUGUCUUGUUAACCUUGAGAAAUUAGCUGUUAAUGAAAAUAUUUUGGUUGGAUUGCCCGACUCCCUUGUCGAUUUAAAACGGAUCAAAGUUCUUGAUUUGAGACACAACAAACUCAAUGAGAUUCCUCCAGUUGUUUAUCAAUUGACUUCAUUAUCUAUUUUGCAUCUACGAUAUAAUAGGAUAAAAGUGGUUGCUGAGGAAAUCGCUAAUUUAACCAAUUUAACCAUCUUGAGUCUUCGGGAGAACAAAAUAAGAGAAUUACCUGCUGGCAUUGGCCGUUUGGUUAAUUUAGCAACCCUAGAUGCAUCAAAUAAUCACCUUGAACGUUUGCCACCUGAAAUUGGUGACUGCACUCAGCUAAAUAACCUUGAUGUUCAACAUAAUGAGCUUGCCGAUAUUCCAGCCACCAUUGGUUUUCUAGUGAAUUUAACCAGAUUAGAAUUGAGAUAUAACAGACUGCAGUCGAUUCCAGAAUCUCUUAGCAAUUGUGUACAAAUCACAGAAUUUAAUAUUGAAAAUAAUGCUCUGUCGUCUCUACCUGAUGGCCUCUUGUCUAGUCUGUCAAAUUUGACAAGUCUAACCCUUUCUCGGAAUCAGUUUUCUUCUUAUCCUGCUGGCGGUCCAUCUCAAUUCUGUAAUGUUGAUUCGAUCAACAUGGAGCACAAUAGAAUUAAUCGCAUACCUUAUGGAAUUUUUUCAAAAGCUAAAAAUUUGACAAAAUUGAAUAUGAAAGACAAUCAAUUGACUGCACUUCCUCUUGAUAUUGGUACCUGGGAAAAUAUGGUUGAAUUAAAUCUAGGAACUAAUCAAUUAUCAAAUUUACCUGAUGAUAUUGGACGUUUGGAAAACCUUGAAGUUCUCAUAUUGAGUAAUAAUACCCUUAAAAAAUUACCCUCGACAAUAGGACGUCUCAAUAGUCUCAAGGUUUUGGAUUUGGAAGAGAAUAAACUAGAAUUGCUUCCCAAUGAAAUUGGCUCGUUACGUGAAUUAAGGAAAUUGAUAUUACAAAGUAAUCAGUUGCAAAUGUUACCAAGAGCAAUUGGACGGCUUUUUAAUCUUGAAUAUUUAAGUGUAGGAGAAAACAAUCUGACUUCUAUUCCUGUUGAAAUCGGUACGUUGGAAAAGUUGGAGACUCUUUAUAUUAAUGAUAAUCGAAAUUUACACAAUUUACCCUAUGACCUGGCUCUUUGCUCAAGCUUACAAAUCAUGAGCAUCGAGAAUUGUCCUCUCUCCGAGAUACCUGCUGAAAUAGUCAAUGGUGGCCCAUCACAUGUAAUCCAAUAUUUAAGGAUGAAAGGCCCAUACCGUUCCAUGUGAAAGAAGACACAAAUUAUCUUAAAAUGUUUAUAAAUUUGGUUUCAUGCCAAUCCACUUUCCUUGUUAUUAUAGCCAUUCCUAAAGCCAUCAACCUUUUCUCUCUCACAUACACAUUUUGAAACAACACAACAAACAAGACACACAUUUCACACAAAAAUCGCUCAUUUGUUGCCAAAAUGAUCAGUCUUCUUGACAACUUUUAGCCAAUUUAUUCAUCUUUUUUUGUAAACAGUAAUCUUCAUUGUUAUUAAUCUAUUUUGGUUCUCUCAUCCAUCCAAAAAAAAUGUUAAAUCUUGGACCUUCCGAUUAAUGAUUGCUGACGAUCGAACCAUCAUAGACGCUAUUAAGCUGAAGAAGAAUUGGAUCGAGCUGUGGUAUUCACAGAUUCAUAAGUCUAUUGAUAAAACAGAAAAAAAAAACUCGAUUCACGAUCAUCUCCUUAUAUUUAUUUUACCAGUCGAUUUGUUGAUUUUAAACCUCAAACUUGGACCUGCCAUAUUCAAUGUCUGAACUUGAAUUAAAACUUUGAUUGAAGCUUUCUCAAA